UUAUUAUUAAGAUUCAUUAUUGCAAUUUUAACUGAUACAGAAGUUCAAUUAUUAAAAUGAAUUAUACAUUAGCUUUGUUUACAUUUAUGUGCUACAUUUGUUGUGCUAAACUAGAGAAUAGGACUACUCGUCAGACUGAGUUUGUUUCACCAGUGUUGCAAACACAUCACCGCAGAGGCCCACAUUGGUUUGACUUUAAGGGAAAAACUUACUUCGUAAAUACAGUUUUUAAGACAAAUUUUUACAGAUCAUGGCAAUAUUGUAGACUACAAGGAAUGAACCUUGUAAGUAUCGAAAGUGAAGAAGAAAAUAAACAACUUCAAAAAUUUAUUUCGGAUAAAGGUUUUAAAUACGGUAGCUACUGGACAUCUGGUACAAAUCUAGUAGGAGAAGAUCAAUGGAUUUGGAUGUCAACAGGUCGAGAACUAACAUAUACAAAUUGGUUACCUGGAGAACCUAGUAAACAAAAUGUUAAGGGCACAGUAGAAAAUUGUAUAGAUAUACUAGUUUAUGCGGGAUUUAAAUGGAAUGAUCAAAAUUGCGAGGUUGUUCAGAAUUUUAUUUGCGAAUCUACUAAAGAUUGUCAAUUUUGCUCAAAUAAUUCUAAGUGAAUCUGAAUUGCUUAAAAAAUAUUAAAAAAUGUAAUUUGGAUAUAAAUAUGUUUUGUGAAUAAAAUUUUUUGAAGGAGA